ACUUGUUUACAAACAAAUUGAUUACGUUCUUUUUUACGAAAAAGCAACGAAUUUAAUUUACUUUUUGGUUUAGUUAUUAAUUAAUAAUAGAAUACUUGUCUGUAAAUUCGAUCGACGCAUGAACUUGUGAAACCAUGAUACCCAAGAAAAAGGCGGACGCUUCCAGUUCGGAAAGUGGUUCCUCUUCGAACAGUUCAUCGUCCUCUUCUUCAUCGAGCUCCGGCUCUAGUAGCGGAAGCUCGUCCAGCGAUUCGGAUUCGUUCAGCAGCGAUGGAUCUUCCGAUUCGGAUCAGAAGAAGAAAACUCAAGUAGUUAAGAAACCAGAACCAGUGAAAAAAAUCGAACAAACUAAGAAACCAGAAUCUCAAAAUGUUAAAAAACCACCACCGGAGAACAAACCGCGUAAAAUGCCGGUUAUUAGUAAAAACAACGUAUACUCAGACUCCGAAUCCGAAGAGAGUUCCAGUCCUCAGAAGUCAUCUGUGCGUAAACCUAUAACUAAACCAAAAUCCUCGGCUACGGUUACACCCGUGCCUAAGAUAAGUUCACAAAAGAACAUUCGUACGUCGCCUAAGAAAUCCGAAGCUAGGCGGAAUUCCAGAUCUAAGACCCCAGCUAAGGAUGUCCAGUCGCCUGAUAACGAUCUCAAUAAAAAGAAGAAGAGUAUAUUUAGCCCCGAGAGGCCUGAUACACCUCCGCCACCUAAACUAACACCUAUGAAGAAUAUAUCGCCACCAAAGAAAACUAUUAUUAAGCCUAGAACAAAAGCAUCGGUUACGUUGAAGAAAGCAUCGUCUACGUCGGAGAAAUCUCGUACUAGUUCGGUAUCAUCGUCUGUUUCUUCGGAUGGUUCUUCAGAUUCCGACUACAGUAGAAUCGUCGAAACUAAAGCACCGCCUAAGAAGAAACCCGAACCAGUGACGACGACUUCAGCUCCUCCUGUAGUCAAGCCUCGAGGCCGAGGAAGGCCCAGAAAGUACCCACUACCAGAUAAUGCUCCCAAACCUGCCAAUAAGAAGCCUUCUCCCGAAGUACCAAAGAUUGUUACCAGAAAACAAUCGCAAUCUACGACUCCUGGUGUUAGAGUCAGUAAUUUAUUAUCAACUAUUAGUCGAAACGCUACAGAUACGGAUUCCGAUACUGGUGAUAAGUUAUCCUCCAGUAAUUCCAGUAAAUCAUCAAAUAAGAAAGCCCGAACGAAAUCGCAAUCUCAAAGGAAAUCGAAAAAUAAAAUGGUGUUACCUGAUAGCUCGCAGAAUACCUUGGUUGAAUUGGAAGAACGUCUGUGUCCAUUAGAAGGUUGUGAUUCGAAUGGCCACUUGGGCGGUAGACUAGAUAAACAUUUCACUAUCGAUGCUUGCCCUCUUUAUCAUAAUCUUACUCCUAAGCAAUGCAAAGAGAAUUAUCUCGAAAGAGUAAAACGUUUAGAAGAACGUCGAAACGCUGCCCUCAAAAGUAGCCCCGAACAAAGAAGUUAUAGAGAUAAGGUUAAAGAAUGGAGAAGCAAAGAACAACCAUCGACAACUACUUUAGAUAUUAAUGAAAAUUCCAAUCAAGAAAGAGAACCCGAAUUAAUGAAAUGUAACGUGCCCCUGUACGAUGUCAAAUUAUUCCAAGAGGCUCAAGCCAUAGCUAGUGAAAAAAUAGAAGAAGAAUUGAAGCAGUUGGCAAAUGUUCGUGGUAUUAAGUGUAUUGAAAUUGGAAAACACGAGAUGGAAGUUUGGUAUCAGAGUCCGUAUCCUGAUGAAUACACUAGAGUUCCUAAGCUCUACAUUUGCGAAUUUUGUCUCAAAUACAUGAAGAGUCGCACCAUUUUUAAUAGGCAUUUAUUGAAGUGUAUUUGGCGGCAUCCUCCCGGUGAAGAAGUGUACAGAAAAGACAAAAUAUCCGUUUGGGAAGUCGAUGGCAAAAAGUAUAAAACCUACUCGCAGAAUUUAUGCCUUCUAGCGAAAUUUUUCCUAGACCAUAAAACAUUAUAUUAUGAUGUUGAGCCCUUCCUGUUCUACAUCAUGACCAUUUGCGAUGGCGAUGGCUGCCAUAUCGUCGGGUAUUUCAGCAAAGAAAAAAACUCGUUCCUGAACUUCAACGUGUCCUGUAUUCUAACCCUACCACCAUAUCAACGUCAAGGAUACGGCAGGCUUUUGAUUGAUUUCAGUUAUUUGCUGACGAGAGUUGAAGGCAAAAUUGGUUCACCUGAAAAGCCCCUUUCAGAUCUGGGGCUAAUAUCAUAUCGAAGUUAUUGGAAAGAUGUACUCCUCGAGCGACUAUGCAACAUGGGAGGCAAACAAAUAUCAAUAAAAGAUAUGAGCCAAGAAUUAGCCAUCAACUCGUACGAUAUUGUGAGUACAUUGCAAGUACUUGGUAUGAUGAAGUACUGGAAAGGCAAGCAUAUAAUAUUGAAAAAACAGGAGGUUAUACAAGAGUACUUGGAGAAAAGAUCCAAACGAAGGCAUCCGGUGUAUAAAGAAAUAGAUCCAAAAUGUCUCAGGUGGCAUCCACCCAAUCCAGUUAAUCAUAAUUUAAACGCUUCCUGACAUUUGAAAAAAAUGUGCGCAAUGCCCUCCCAAUCAGCGCCAUGAAUUUGGCCAAAUGGCCAACUGGUUUGGCCGCUGGAAGAAAGAGAAAAAAAUUUAGUUAAUUGAAUUUUAUUAAGUUUUCCAUUUUAUACAUUAGUGUUUGUUUUAUAGUAUUUUAUAUUACACGACUAACGUAUCAUGGCGACGUACGUUGUUUCAAAAUGACAAAAAUACGAUUUAAGUAGGUGAAUUUUAUUUUUCUUAAUUCUUCUUUCUUUUUUUUGUGAAUUUUAAUUAAUGGUUCUCUUUUUUGUUUUUAUUUUCCUUCUUAUAUUUUUUGUCUGAUUUCUCUAUUUAAUUAUUGCUGUUUACGUGAAUGAAUUUUUACUUGUAGUUGUACGAUUUGUUAUUUGUUAUUUUAAUAAAUGUCUCCGUUUUGUUAUUUAA